UACUUUUUCCCAUGCAACUGUAUAUAUAUAUGUAAAGUGCUAUGUAAAUUGAUGGAGCUAUAUAAGUAACCUGCAUCAGACCAAUAGCUCUGCAACCAGGGGUGGACUGACAACUCAUGGGGCCCCCCCGGGCAAUAGGGGAUCAUGGGGCCCCUGUGUCCUUGCCCAAACUCAAAAAAGUCUAUGAAAAAGGUACUAGGGGCAUCUCAUGGGGCCCCCUACUUACCCCGGACCCUCGGUCAGUGCCUAAGUUUCCAAAUGGUCAUUCCGCCCCUGUCUGC